AUGUAUUUUAAUAAACAAGGAGGAACUGUUUGGAAUCAUAGAAGUAACAUAUCAGUGGAUAAUUCGAAAAAAUAUAAACGUGAAGUCUUAAAAGGUGAUUUAUCCUCGACAUCACAUUUGGUUGAAUCAGCCGAAAGUAGUACAAGUCAAUCUCCACCAGUUCCACGUCGCCCAUCACCAAUGGCAAGUUCACAUUCAUCAUAUCGUCAAACUUCUGUUAAUAUUUCACUGUCAUAUCAGCAAGCCAGUGCUUUUCCAAAUUCUUAUCCACCACCAACAUCAUUACGUUCUUAUUCACCUGAUCAAGAUGAUGAUCAUGGUGAUGAUGAAAACGAUGUUAGUAUUAAGGCAAUGCCUUUAACAGCAAAUCGUUCCCGAACAAAUACACCAUUUGGUUCACAUAAAUCACUUUCAGACUCGAUUUAA